CUCAUUGCCACGCCCUCACGUCAGCGCGGGGGGGCGGCGCUGUGAUUUGAGGAUUCAGUUACUGGUUUGGAAAGUGGCACAGACCGGUUAAAGGGAGAUUCAGUCACCUGGAAGGAGAACCGGAUCAGAGGGUACAGUGCGUACCAUCGAUCAUGUCCACAGACUGUGAGCCUUCUGUCAGUGUAAAACUCUUUCACCUCAUCUUCCUCUCCACCUUUUGGGGCAUGCAGAUAUGGGUCACCUUCAUAUCAGGAUUUGUCAUGGACAGCCAUCUAAACAGACACACCUACGGCUUUAUUCAGAGUCGACUCUUCCCGUUCUAUCUGCACAUCGGCUCAGCGUGUGCUUUCUUCAACCUCGCUAUUUUUGCCAUGUACCAUCCCAGUGACCUGCUGGAUGAUAAAGAGGCCUUUCAGAUCUUUGUUUUCUUUGUAUGUGUGACUGUGGCCGCCGUGAAUUCCCAGUGGUUUGGCCAGUUGACCUCCGAAAUCAUGGCGGACAUGCACAUGAUCGAGCAGGCUUGCGGGCUGGGCCAGGACAUCGGGAUCUCAUCCAACCGCGAAGCCUACUCCACACUGUGCAGCAAAGACCCCAAGUACAAGCAGCUGAGCAACCGUCUGUGGCGUUACCACCUCCUCUCAUCCCUCUGUAACCUCUGCUGUAUUGUGUGUAAUGGCUACAGUCUUUAUUACCUGGCAGAGAACCUUUCCUCACUUUGAUUUUCAGUCACGUCGGGUUUUUUCCUGUUGGGGGAGGGGUGGUGGUGGAAGGAUUACAUACGCCUUAUUGCAAUGUGUACCACAUUCAUACUCUUAAUGUGUUAAUAUGGUGUCUAACAACAGUUUUGAACUUCUUUGAUCCUUUCUUUAGCGCUUUUCAUUUUUGGGAUUAAUCAUUUUUUUGGAAUUAUUAGAGUCACUGCACAUAUUUUAUAUGGAAGUAGGUGUGGCCAAUAUGCCAAAAUGACUUAACUCAUGAUUAAAUGCUGGAUAUUAUAUAACAUAGGUUGAGAUAUAAAAAAAAAAAAAGAAUGUACUGCCAUCAUGGAGCUACAUCUCUGAUUUUCUUUACCAGAUAGUGUAGGGAGGUGUCUGUUAAUGAAAAAAAAAGCAACUAUUACAUGGGACUGGGCAACUACACUAGAAUUUCUAGUUAUCCUGAGAGUCCUGAAUGUAUUCAAGAUGAUCUAUCAGAUGACAAGAAAUCAAAUAUAAGAUUAUUAAACUUAUUAGUAAAGUUUUUUUUUUUGAGCUUAAAAUAAUCAUGUUUUUUUGCCAGAUAAUUUUGUUUAUUGUAAGAAUUUCUUCCGAUAAACAAUUAAAACAGCCAAUAAAAUGUCAAAUAUAUUUAAAGAUAAAAAAAUGGUAAAAUAUGUCAAGAAAUAUGCUUAAUAAUCUUGUAUUUGUAUAUAUUUUAAAUUUGCUUAUUUGACUAUAUAUUUGAGGCGUUUUUGGUUGCUAAAAUUGCGGGGGUUUUGUGCGGUUUUGUCAUUAAUUUUGAUCAUAAAUGUAGUAAAUAAUAAUAAUAAUAAUAAUAAUAAUAAAGAAGUCCAGGGCUGUACAAUCUCUAGUGUGCUGAACUAGAAGUCCUCCUGAAUAAUCUCUACUACUUUUGUUUCAUUGGUAGCAGCACGUGGUUGCUAGUUUUAUGCUAAUCGUUUCUUUGUUACGUUUCAUCAUAUCAGUAAUUUUCCUCUGGAGCUGGUUCUUUUCUCUCUUAAAAACAAUUUCUCCUGAAAUGAACUGCGUUUCUCAGUCGAGUCAUGAAAUUCAAAACGGUUUCCCACACAUGGCACUAGCUAUGUUUUUGUGUGAUCCAGGACUCUGAAAAGAAAACAAGCAAUGCAAACUGAUGUCUUGGUGGAAAAAACUUGGUAGUGUGCGUGUGUUUAUAUACUCGCGUCCUGUAUAAUAGAUGUAUAACCUGUUGUACAUUCACAAAUGUCUAAUACAGAGGCCUGGAUUGAAUUUUGCUCAGCGUAUUUAUCCAGUUCCAUGAUACGCUCCAUAUGAAAUGUAGCCUAGGCUGAAAAUCUUGUUUGCUGUCUCUGUCUCAUGUACCUUGUAUAUUUCAGCACGCAAAAACAACAUAGCUUGUGCCUCAAGUAGUCUUUAAUGUGUAUUUGACUAGACAUUAUGUGCAAAAAAGAAAUAGUACAAUAAUUAUGCUGGUGAUGCUUUAGAUUUCUCCUCGCAGAAUUCUCUUAAUUAAUGCAAAUGACGCAGCAUUAAAUUUACAGUGUUUUUUUAAUAACUGAUGAUUUAUUUCAUGCUGUACCUUUUGAAAUUUUUUUUUUUUUACAGUUUUAUAGCCCUAAUUUCAUUCUUAUCUGUCCUCUUGUGUUUUUCGUGCUGUUUAAAAGUGCUGGAUGUUAGAAAAAAAGACACUGUUGAGGUAUUUAUGAAUUAUACUUUCAUAAAGAGGUAAUUCAAAAUAAUAUAAAGAGGUUUGUUACAUUUUUUCUAAUAAAAGGCUGGUACUAAAUAAUUAAA